AGUAAGGGAACAUUUCAACAAGCUGCGAGAGUCAGCAUUAUUUGCUAAUGAAAAGAUGCCUGCAGCUCAAUUUCAUGAGUAUGUUAAUUUUGAUGCAACAAAUGUCACAAAGCUUGAAGAGGAAGAUAUGUUGAAUGACAUUCCAAAUUCAUUCCGUCAACUGACAGAUGACCAUUUUCCAUUGAUAAUUACCUACAAAAAGUUUAUCCGAAUGCUCCAGGGAACUUAUGGCAUUGAUUUUCAGAAUCCAGUCAAACAACCAAAAUUCGAUGCAAAUGAUAAUGAUAAUCAUACAGAUGAUGAUGACGGGAAAUUACACCAACAAGACUUUAUCGGUAGUGUGUCAGAUGAAAAGAUUUGA